AUGAUGGAGGCCGCGACAUCAUCACUCGACUACGCCUCGUACCCUCACGUGGUGGACCGCAUCGUGUCAUACGCCGACGAUUCGUGCUUGCCAGCUCUCCGCGCGACAUGCCGGGGGCUGCACCUUGCAACCGCCCGCCGAAUGUACUCGCACGUCGUUGUCCGCGUAUCCAACCAGCCUGUGGAGAAGCGGGAGCAGGGCUUCGUUGUCAAGCUGUUCGCGCCAUCCACCUCUGAACCGGCAUCCCGCCGUGUCCCCGGGCUACGGUGGCCUGAGCCGGCCAUCGAGCACCUCCAGUCGCACCUCGACGUCAUUGACCUCGAAGACGCGCGCUUGGUGCGCAGUGGGAGAUGGAGCAAAAAGGCGCCCGACGCUGUCGAGCACUUCAACCUCGCCGCGCGGGCCCGCGUUAUACGCCGCUGGGACCAAACGUAUGAGUACAACACGAGCGCCGGCGAUCCGUUCAGAUGGGACGAUAAUGGCAAUCAGAACCAGGUGCUCAUCACGUUUGCCGACUUCACCGUGUCCCCGCCGGUGCGCGAUGCCGUGUCUGGCGUGCCCGGAGCUGUGAGGCUCAGCCCUGAGGGCAAUCACAUGCCCGACAUCAAUAUUCGCUCUCGCUUUGGACCCCGACCACGGGUGAUCAUCAACGUGCGAUAUGACCCCCGGCAACCCGACCUGCGUGAUGGCAGGCUCGACCUGGUCUACGACGAUUCUUGCUCGGAAGUCGUCUUAAUCUUCACCCCAACAGAUCUGUGGACCGGCCCCAGCAUCCCCAAGCCCACGUCUCGACACUACUGGCUCAGCCCCGACCCACCGAUGGGUUGGUUGUGUGGGCUCAUGACACGCGCCAUGUCCCAGGUCCAGCGGAAAGCCUACAACGAUAUAUACCGCCAAGAGCGCAGUCCCGGUACUCGGUUUGUCUUCGUCGGCGCAGAGGUACUCGACGGCAGCUGGGUCGACUCCGCUGCACUCCCCUUUGGCAACCCUGUCACCAAUUCCGACCUCGCGGCCGGCUUUGCGACGGCGGUCGAGAAAGCGUGGCUCGAGCGCGGGCUUAUCAUAUCCGAUCAGCAAAAGGUCAGCCCCGAGGAACGGGUGCGCUGUCUCACCGAGAUGCUCGUGGAGCGGGGCGGGUGGGAUGGCCUCUUCCGCUUCGUCACGCUCGAUGAGUGGAGGGCCGAGGUGGAUGCUCGGCUUUUCGACUUGGCCACCAUCCCGCCUGCUAAGCCACUGUAUGUCCCUGAUAAGGAAGCAGGGAUGCGGAUAGAUCGCGGGUGGAACUAG